AUUUAUUUAUUUAUUUAUUUUUUGACUCCAAGAGUGUAAAAAGUCGCUAAUAUGACAAAAGUACCAAUAGUUUACCAUCCAUGUUAUAAUAUUGUAUUUUGGAAUCUUGAAAAGAUACAUCCAUUUGAUACGCAAAAAUUUAAAAGAAUUUAUCGAAUUUUAUUAACAUCGGGAUUAUUUGAUGCUGAUUCAUUUUAUGAACCUUCACCUCCAACUCCACUUGAUAUAGCAAAUUUACAUUCGACACAAUAUCUUGAAUCAUUAAAUAGUAAUGUUCAAUUGCAAAAAAUUUUGGAAGUUCCUUUUUUAGCCGUCUUACCUCAAGCUUUAAUGAAGAAAAAAGUACUGGAACCAAUGUUAUUACAAACUGGUGGAAGCGUUCUUGCCGCAGAAUUAGCCUUAGAAUAUGGUUGGGGGAUUAAUUUAGGAGGAGGAUUUCAUCAUGCGCAUCAUGAUGGUGGUGGUGGCUUUUGUGUUUACGCGGAUAUUACCCUGAUGGUUGAAAAAAUACUGUCGAAAUACCCUGAUCAAGUUUCUCGUGUUAUGAUUGUGGAUUUGGACGCUCAUCAGGGAAAUGGAUAUGAACGCGAUUUGGCACAUAAUAAUAAAAUUCAUAUUGUAGAUGCAUUUAAUGUUCAUAUAUAUCCACAGGACAAUGAUGCAUUCUCUUCAAUCACUACACCAAUUCCAUUAACAUCACCAGAAUUAAAACAAGAUGAUAAAUAUCUUCCUCUCAUUCAAUCAAAUCUAUUUCAAUCAUUUCAUAAAUUUCAUCCUCAAUUUAUUAUAUAUAAUGCAGGAACAGAUUGUUUAGAAGGCGACCCUCUUGGAGCAAUGAAUUUAUCGGCUGAAGCGAUAUUGAAAAGAGAUGAAAUCGUAUUUCGAAUGGCUUUCGAUCAUGGAGUUCCUAUAGUAAUGUUACUGAGUGGAGGAUACCAAAAAAAAAAUGCAGAAAUUAUUUCUGCGAGUAUUUUAAAUUUAAUUAGUAAGUUUGGUCUUUUGGAAGGACGUAGAAAAUCUGUUAUAACUUCUCAUUAGAGAAUAUACAGUAGUUGUCAUUUUAUCAUUAUAUAUUACUCGUCAUAUUUUUUUGCUUUGUACAAAAUAUUGUUUUUUUGUAUUAUAUAUAUAUAGCUGAUUUACAUGGGUGCCUGAUAGACAUCGCUGUGAAACUUAAAUAUGUACCUUUCUUAAUAGAUUUACAUAACAUUUUAACAUUAU